AUGGAUAUACGAAUACUGCCUACCAGUGUCCAAUAUAUUCCCACUGAAGAUAUGCCAAAUUCAACAGAUUGGACUAUAGAUACUUUCAAACAAACAUUCGAUGUCGUAGUAACAAAAAUGCCAACAAAGCAUGAAGAAGGAGAACUAGAAGCUGAAUUCGAUCUUAUUGGAAUUGACGCUUCUCUCGUCAACGCGUUUCGAAGGAUUCUGAUCUCGGAGAUCCCAACGAUGGCAAUCGAAACAGUAUACAUCAACCAAAACACAUCACUUAUACACGAUGAAUUGCUAGCUCAUCGACUUGGACUCAUACCUAUCAAGUGUGAUCCGAGGAGGUUCAAAUACAAGGCUCCUCACGCUGACCCAUCAGACGAAGACGCAUUGGUAUUCACUCUACACGUAAAGUGUGAAAAGAACCCAAAGGCACCACCAAAUGCUACAUUGCCUGAAGACAAGUAUAUCAAUUCUAGUGUAUACUCAUCACAACUAGCAUGGGAUGCACAAGGAGUCCAAGAAACAUGGGACCCAUCAGACGCAGCAUCGCCAGUCCACAACGACAUAUUGAUUGCAAAGUUACGACCUGGUCAAGAAAUCGAGGCUACAAUGUAUUGUGAGAAGGGUACUGGCAAAGUUCAUGCUAAAUGGUCUCCUGUUGCAACGGCAUCAUACCGCCUCCUCCCAAAAAUCGAAAUCCUCAAAGCCAUCAAAGGAGCAGAUGCCGAGAAAUUCAGACAAUGUUUCACUCCUGGAGUGAUUGAAUGUGUGCCUACAGCAGACGGAAGCAGUGUUGAAGCAAAAGUCGUGAAUCCGAGAAAGGAUACCGUGUCGCGUGAAGUUUUAAGACAUCCGGAAUUUGAUGAUAAGGUUCGGUUGUCGAGGGUUAGAGAUCAUUUCUUGUUCAGCAUUGAAUCUACAGGUGUAUUACAUCCACGUGAGCUUUUCCAAGAGUCUGCCAAGAUUCUUGUUGAAAAGUGUGAAUUGAUUCGGCGGCACCUAGCUGAACUUCGAUGA